AUGUCCCCCUACAACACCCCAGCCUACCACUCCACCUCACCCACAUCCCACGGCCUCCCCAGCGACGAAUACAAGUACCUCAAACGACAGCAAGAAAAAUCCCGUCUAGAAUGGCACUUGGCUAAGAAGCAUCUUCUCCCAUCUCCAUCCUCAUCUUCUUCCUCCUGUUUUUCCUCUUCUCCCUCUUUUCCCUCCUCCUCCACGUAUUCUUCCUCAUCUUUCCCCUCCUCCCUCUUUUGUUCUUCCUUCUCUUCUUCCAGCUCCUCCCUCUCCUCCCCCUCCUCCUCCUCAUACCACGCCCCCCAAUACCCCCGCACCCCCUACCAAGCCCAGCGCCUCCCCCGCGCCCACUGCGUCCAAAUCUCAGAGGUAAAAAACGCAACACGGAAAGCACUAGCUUCUGUUUUUGAUUCUAGUACUGACGACAUGUAUGAGGAGUGGCUGCGGAGCCGAUAUGAUGAUCGUGUGUAUCGCCGUGUUAGCUCGCGAAGGGAUAUCGAUGAGUAUUACAAUAGCGAUAGAGCGAGAUUGAAUCGGGGGAGUGGCGAGUCGAUACGUAUGAGGUAUCAUAAUAUGAAUGGGUAUGGGAGCAGGGCGUCGGCAGAUGAUGUUGGUGGACCAAGGCUUGGGAGUAAGUUUAGCUUUGAUAGUUUGGAUGAUGCUUAG